GAGGCGGGGCUUCACUCAGUCAGAAACAGGAGAAGCAGUUUUUACUUCCCUUCCAGACUUUGGACCAUCAACAACAUGACAAAAGGCAAAAUUACUAAACUAUCUGUGAGCGACGUGAGAUUCCCGACCUCUCUGGAGCAGCAUGGAUCAGACGCCAUGCACACUGACCCGGACUACUCUGUGGUCUAUGUUGUUAUUGAAACUGAUGGCGGGCUGAAAGGCUACGGGAUCACCUUCACUAUUGGAAGAGGAACAGAGAUCGUUGUGUGUGCUGUAGAAGCCUUGUCUGCACUGGUGAUUGGAAAGUCACUGGAGGAUAUAGUGAGUGACUUCAGAAGCUUCUACAGGCUGCUGACGAGUGAUGGGCAGAUGAGAUGGAUAGGGCCUGAGAAAGGAGUCAUCCAGCUGGCAACUGCAGCCAUCCUCAAUGCCAUCUGGGACAUGUGGGCACGUGCCGAGGGCAAGCCCCUGUGGAAGCUUCUGGUUGACAUGGAGCCCAAGCAGCUCAUCCGCUGUAUAGAUUUCAGAUAUCUCUCUGACGCUCUCACCGAGCAGGAAGCAUUAGAAAUACUGGAGAAAGCCAAAGAGGGAAAGCAGCAGAGAGAGGAGCAGAUGCUGAAGGAAGGGUAUCCAGCCUACACGACCUCCUGCGCCUGGCUAGGCUACUCAGAUGAACAGCUCACAGAGCUGUGUUCUGCUGCACUGGCUGAAGGAUGGACCAAGUUUAAAGUGAAAGUGGGUGCAGAUCUCCAGGAUGACAUUCGCAGAUGCAGCCUCAUUCGGAAGAUGAUUGGUCCGGAGAAAACUCUGAUGAUUGAUGCUAACCAGCGAUGGGACGUUGCCGAGGCCAUUACUUGGGUAACUAAGCUAGCAGAGUUUCGUCCUCUGUGGAUUGAGGAACCCACCUGUCCUGAUGACAUCCUUGGCCAUGCAGCUAUCUCCAAGGCUCUUGCGCCUUUGGGUAUUGGAGUUGCCACAGGAGAACAGUGCCAUAACAGGGUGAUGUUUAAGCAGUUUCUGCAGGCCUCCGCUCUGCAGUUUGUUCAGAUUGACAGCUGUAGAGUGGGCAGCGUCAACGAGAACCUUGCCACCAUACUAAUGGCUGCCAAAUUCAAGGUUCCAGUGUGUCCUCAUGCUGGUGGAGUGGGACUGUGUGAGCUUGUUCAUCAUCUCAGCAUUUUCGACUACAUCUCAGUAUCUGCCAGCUUGGAUAACAGGAUGUGUGAAUAUGUUGACCACCUUCAUGAGCAUUUUAAAAGCCCCACCUUGAUCAGAAACGCACACUACAUGCCUCCUAAGGAUCCUGGAUAUUCAACUGAAAUGUUUGAAGAAUCUGUGAAGAAGCACCAGUUUCCUGAUGGAGAGGUGUGGAAAUCUAUACUGGAGAAGAAAUGAUCUUAACAUGUUCGAUCUUUAACUGACUACAGCUAAACUACUGUAAUAAUGGAUGCCUUAAAACCUUGAUUUUGUAGUUCAGUCUGUGUUUUUUACUCUCUAAAUCAAUCUAUGAAUGGUGAAGCUUAAUUUUGCACUGUAUGUCUUGUUUAUGGACACUUUCCUAUUUGUUAAUAAUAAAAAAGGUGAUAAGGGACAUUAAGAAUUCUGAUUUUAGAAUAAUGUUUACUUUUCUAUGAGCUACUAAAAUUUUCUUUAGAGGAUUUUCCACUUUUUCAAUAAAUUUCACAUUUAAGCUGAAA